AUGCGCCGUAAAAAGUGGUCGCUCUUCCAGAAGGCGGCCACGGCCGCCGGCACCGUGAUCGCGCCGCCCUGGGUGAACGUCGCGCUGAACCCGUGCUCGGCGAGCAGCUGGCAGCUGGUGCACUGGCCUGCCGACGGCCGCUGCUACCCCGAUCUUCCAGCAGGGGCCCUGCUCGCCGACCCAGGAGCUGACGGCGAGCUGCUCACCUUCAGCCGCGCCACGCACGAGCCCGUGUGCGGCUGCAGCCGCCGGUACAUGGCGCGCACCUACUGGCCACACACCGACUCCUGCUACCAGCAGAUGACGCGCGCACGCGCCGCCUGGCCGAGUGCGGCUGCCCACGCCGGCCUGCGCGAGAACUACGACCGCCGCUCGGGCCAGUGCUACCCGCAGGGCGAGCGCGGCCCCUGCCCGCCCGGCAACGUGUUCGCCUUCAACAACGUCACGGGCAGCACCGAGUGCCGCUGCCCGGCGGACAGCCUCGUGCUGCCCGACACGGGCGCGUGCCACCGGGCCUUCGCGCAGGGCCCGUGCAAGCGGAACCGGUUCGUGGCGCCGCGGCCGGAGGCGCCGCACCAGGGCGUCUGUGUGACCAACCCGUGCCGCCGCGGCGAGCUGUACUUUUCCAGCCGACCACUGGUGCAGUACGAGGAGUUCCGCGGCAUCAGCUACCGCGGCGCGUGCGGCUGCACCAAGCACUUCACGCAGAACUUCUGGCCGGCGGACGGCCGCUGCUACGAGCAGCAGACGCGCGGCCCGUGCCCGGCGCGCGAGCUCUUCGCGUACAACGCCACCAGCGGCCGGACCGACUGGAGUGCCGAGCUAUGA